AUGAUGAUGAUGAUGAUGAUGAAAGAAAAUCGGUAGGAAACAAGAGAAAAAAGAAAAAAGAUAAGCGAAUACCAGGUUUACAAACACAACAUAACUAAUACAGAGAAAGAUGGAUGAUUUGAAGCUGACGUUGUGUUGUUGUUCGUCGGUUUUAAUUUUAGAAAUUUGUUUUUUUUUCACUACUAAUCAUUUCAUUUGGUCAUUUAGAGAUUUCGUUCGAUUUUCGCCUUUUUUUCAUUUUCUUCUUUUUCUUCUUCUGAUGAUGAUGAUGAUUGGCUGGUAUGGUUUAUUCAAGUCUGCCGGUUGUUGUUGUUGUUGUCGUUGUCGUUUUUCUUGAAUGGUAAAAGAGACAAUCAAAAAUGCCAAUGGAAAGAGCGCCACACACAUAAACUGUUGGUAUAUGGUACAUACUCAUGGUUUGAAUUUCACUUUUAUCCAUAAAAUAAAAAAUGAAAAAAGUCUCCCACUCAUGUUAGUUAGUUCUUCUUUUUCUUUUUCAUUUAUAUGAAAUCACCAAAAGUUUAAACAUCCUUGUUGAAGCAUCGUUUUUUCCAUUCGUAACUCGUUCGACACUUUGUUAGUUAUACACACACACACACACACACACACACACACACACUAUAUUGACCAUACCAAACCAGCCGAAAAAUCGGACACACACACACAUAUCCGAUCGACAUAUCUCAAACGACAUCGAACAGAUCGACGUACGUUCAUUCAUUCAUUCAUUCAUUUUUUGUUCAUUUAUCGUAUCGGUUACAGCAUUCAUUCAUUUGCCAGCAAUCGUUGACUUUGGUCAUUCAUCAGUUUCAUUGAUUUUUUGUUUUUCUUCUUGUUGCUUUCUUGUUGUUGGUUACCAAAAAAUCUCUUCACAUAACUUGGAUAAAUAUACACCGAACAAAUAGACAUCAUGUACAACAACAAAAUCACUUGUUUAUUAGUUUGUAUGCUAUUGCAUAUUGUUUCUGGUCAAUUUUCUUUCGGCGGUAGCAGCGAUAGCGGUUUCUCGGGAUUCAAAUUAUCCGGCCCAUUAGGUCAAUUGAUGCGUGGAUCAAGUCCAUUGAAUUUAAUGACAUCAAAUUAUGGUUUUGGCCAAAUUCUUGGAUCAUUGAUCAACAGUGGUUCGAAUAGCGGUGGACCAUUAAGUCAAUUGGCUACGGCAGCAUCAUCUCAAUAUAUAAAUGCCCUACGAAGUAAUCCAUUGUUGAGUCAAUUCGCUAAUGUUGCAGCUGGCCAACAAUCAGGACCACCAUCAGCAGCAAGUCCAUAUGCUGCUCCACCAUCACAUCAACCACAUUCACCACAUCAUCAUUCUAUGUACCAGAAUCCAAUGGCUCUUUUAGGUGGUGACAGUUCAAUGUAUGGACCACCACAGCAACCAGGUUAUGAUCAUCAUUUUGGUGGCAGCAAUGUUUUCCCACAAUUUGCAACACCAGACAACUAUUUCCCCAAUGGCCAAUAUGGUGGCCCACCACCAAUUCCAUCGUAUGGACCACAAUCCUCAUAUGGAUCACAGUUGCCAUCACCAAUCCAUCACCUUGAUCGUAAAAAAUAAUAGAUAAUGCAGCGAGUUAUGCAUAAAAAAAUCCUCAAUAAUUUUACCUUGAAUCAUUUUCCUCGUCAUCAUCGCCAUCAUCAUCAUUAUCAUCAUCAUCAUCACAUCAUUAAAGCGUUAAUUUUUAUAAUGAAAAUUCACAAAGCCCAAUACUUCUUCAGUCACAAAUUAAUCAAAAACAAUCAAACUAACACACACUGCUGCUUGUCCAAUUUUUUUUUUCACUUUCGUUUCCUUUCUGUUCGUGGUGUGUACAUUCAUGUACAUAGUAUUUUUUCUCGUCAUUCAUUCAUUCAUUCAUUCAUUCAUUCUUUUCUCAAUUUUCGUCUUUAGACCAACUAACAAAUCAUUCAACAGAAACAAAAACAAAAACACCGAGAUGUUUUCGAUUUUUAUUUGUUUUCUUUUCGAGA